CGCGCGCGAUGGAGUCGAAGCCGCUGCUCGACGUCGUCACCGUGCGUGACGACAGCGAUGACGGAUCGAUCGAUCACGCGCACGUCGCGCCGUCGCGCGCGAUCCGUCGACGGACGAAGUGCGUCGCCUUUGCGUGCGUGACCCUGCUCUUGAGUGCGUUCGUCUUCCUGAUGGCGCACGACGCGGUGCGAUCGGAAUCGUUAGGGCGCACGAACUCGGUGGCGUGGUUCAAAACGAUGCUCUCUGGCGCUCCGUCGACGGAUGUCGAAGCUGGGGGCGAUGGAAACGCGAGCACAGCGCAAGGAAAGGGUGCGGCGCUCGGUCAAUCGAGGGUGUUGACGCCGACGAAGGCGUUGACGAGGCAGAUGGUGUUGGUAGAGGAGACGCGGAACGUGCCGAUGAAGGAUAGAUCGGUCGUCGAAGUAACGCGAUCAUACGAUGGUCGCCGAGUGCGAGUGCCAACGUUUUUGGAAAAGUGGGCGACGGCGCCGUUUUGGGAAGACAACGCGUACCUCAACGUGCACGAGAGUCCGAAUUCAGAGACGGGAAAGCUUUUCGUCAGUGGACACUCGACGGAUAUGGGGAAAUACGCCAACGUGUGGUUGGCGUCGGCCACGCAUUGGGGGUUGCCGGCGAGAAUUACCGGUCACGGGACGACCUGGAACAACUGGGAGGAUAAGACAAUGGGUUUGAGGACAGAUUUAGAACACAUGAGCGGCAAUCCCGUCGUCGUCGUGAGCGACACGGGCGAUGUUUUCUUCUCGUGUGGGCAAGACGAGUUGCUCAAACGAUUCGAAGACAGUGGAGCGGAUAUGCUUGUUAGUGGAGAGACGCAACUGUACCCGGAAGUCAUGAGUUAUUACGAGUUUCGCGACGACAUUGACUGGAUGGAUAAGCACAACAAUAUGGGUGAAAUCGGUCGAGUCGCUGAAGGCGAGCCGUUCCGCGGCGGCAUUCCUGGUGACCCACGCGCAUUCCGUUGGCCCAACGCCGGCUUGAUGAUGGGUCGCAAAGAUGCACUGCUCAAGUAUUUCGACUAUCUCGAAGAUAGUUUUGUCGAGACGGAGAAUCUCUCAGGCGAGCGACGCUUUCGAAGCACGUGCAAGGCGUUUCAGCACACCGAUGCACAAGCAAAGGAGGAGCGUAUGAACGAUGGAUUUUACGACGAUCAGCUUUGUUUGGCCUCGUACGCCAUGUCUCGCAUCGCCGACCGCGAUCCAAAAUUCAAAAUCGACCUCGACGGGUCGAUCCUCCACUCUCCCGGAGCGAUGGAUAUGCGACUGAUGCGCCGAGAUGAAAAAACUGGCCGCGUGUACAACGCCGAGACCGGGAAAUCGCCAUGCGCGUGGCAUUUCAACACCGCCAACGCCAAAACUCAUUUAUCGAUGGCCGUGGAAAAGUUCCCAAACUAUUUCGUCUCCGAGAACGUUGGAAACGAAAUCCUGGGCCGGGAAUUCGAGCCCGCGCUCGGCGCAGUCCCGACGCCGCCGCCGAAGUCCAAAAAGAAAUCGUCCAAAAAGUCGAAGAAGCGAUCCCACGUCGUCGUCGUCGACGACGACGACGACGACCCCUUCGACUUUGACCUCAACCUCGCGUGACUCGCUUAGUUUCAUAGCACCAUUAGUACGAUUCCAAACAAAAGC